AUGGAUCCUGAGAACGGCCGUCGAACCGUAGCCGAAAAGGAGGCUCAAAUCGGCACUGGCAACGUUGCCGGAAUCACCUUCGGCGUCGAUAAGUGGAAGUAUCCUUACAAUGCCACCGUCGAGCACACGAUGGAGUUUAACCGACGAAAGAACGGCGGCUUUGGUGUCACUAAUGACGUAGCUGAGUCUGUUUUCGGCCCAAACCCAACCAAAUCUGCUUGGGAUGAAGGACCAGUCCGCGGCGUCCUCUCCUGGUUCGGAAUGGACGAAAUGCUCGGUCGAGGCGACUCUGGCGCUAGCUACGUUUCCUUCAUGCCUUCUGCCGAGGAAUUUAGAAAGAAUUCUCCUCCCCUCCCCCUCGUUUCCAAAUACACGAUCGGCUGGGGUGUCUUUGGCGCUGCACACGCUCUCUCCCUCCGUUACCAGAUGCGACUUCCCUUCUACGCCGCAAUCCAUAGAACUGCAUUCACCAUUGCCGCUUACGCCUGGCUCGGUUACCAGUACCAGAAGUUCGUCUACAUGCGAUCUCUUGGCGAGUUCAAAUACGCUCUUGACUUUGCUGAUCGACAUUCCGACAUUAUCUACAAACAGGAGUCAUCGAAAUUCGGCGAUCCCGAAAUCCUCGAACACUACGUCAAACUCUGCGGAAAGGGCCACCAAGGCUAA